UAAAAGAAUGUCAAAUCAGGUUAUAUUUACCGUAUCAUUGAUUGGACUGAUCAUGUCAACAUCAUACUUUCAACAUCUUAGAUACCAAGCUAGCGGUCAUUAUCAUGAAUCCAGUCGACAAUCUACUGGCAAAUCCUUUUCAAUACUUGUCAUAGGAAGAUAAAUUAUGUAGAGAAAUUAUAGAUAAAACGUAUCGACCAUUGAACAUUACACAACAAGUUGGAAAUCACAAAGGCCACCUUCCUGUUCAAGUGAGCACAGCACAACAAGAACAACACCAUGUGGAGACCAGACUCCUGUCAGGAGUGUCAAUGCUUCAGUGACAUCACCGUCUGUCAACUUGCUACCUGCCUCAACCCACACUGUGACUACCAGAGGGGAGAGCGAUUGAGGAUCCCUCCCAACCAGUGUUGUCCAGAGUGCCUGCCCUCCUCCCAGGGCUCAUGUCAGCAUGAUGAAGCUGUUUAUGGGCAUGACAGUCAGUGGAGUUCCCCCCAGUGCCAGGUGUGUGUGUGUUCUGAGGGUAGUGUAUCCUGUAGACAGAGACCCUGUCCUCCUCUCAGCUGCCCCCCAGACCAGACCGCCUUCACCCCCGCUGGAGACUGCUGUCCCAAGUGUGUCCACAGUGGAGCAUCCUGUUCCUGGGAUGACUAUGAGUACAGGGAUGGGGAGGAGUGGAGGCCCAGCCCGUGCUCUAAGUGUGUGUGUAUGAACGGACGACCUCAGUGCUUCACCGCAGAGUGUCAGCCUGUCGCCUGCAAACAGCAUGAGAGUCUGGUGAUCCAACCAGGACAGUGCUGUCCACAGUGUCUCCCCACCUCCUGCCUGUCUGCUGGGAGGGAGCACAAGGGUUUGUUUUUGUUUAACUAA